CCGGAGCUUGGGGCCACACCUGCCUGCCUCAGAAGCCGCCUUCCAGCGACCUGUGCCCGCACCAGAACAGCUGGCAGUCCCUGUCGUCCUCCUCUGUCCUGCCCGCUGCUUGCUCCGUGUCCCUCAAGCACAGCUCCCCGUGGGUCGGGGUUUUGACGGCGGGAAAUCAGGGAAGGAAGUUGAGAGGGCAGAGGGGGUCCGGGGCAGAGUGUGGGCUCUGCCUCAGGGUGGGAUCCAUGCGGCCCCCAGACUCUGCCGCGGGGGUCGCGGCUGCUGAGUCCCGUGUUCACCGCCCGCCGCCAGGCUGCAGGUCCCGCCCUCCUCGUCCCGUCACCGCAGCUCGGCGCUCCCCCUUCCCUGCGGAGCCGGUGCAGCUCUGGGACGCCGGGUCCGCUGCGCCAGGCCCGGAAGCCUCGCGCUUGCGUCUGGAGGGACGACCCUCCCCCAGGACACCUCCUUCCUUUCUGCCCCAGGGCGCGGGUGGGCUGGACGCCUGCCGCUCAGGAGCACAGCGGCCGUGUGUCCGCGCACGUGUGGUCCGCGCUGCGGUCGCUGGGCGGUCGGAGCGUCUGCGGCCAGAGGCGGCACGAACCCCCGCGCGUGUCCAGAGCCCGCGGCGGCUGCGGAAGCUGGCCCUGCACCUGCAGCCUCCGCCGGCAGGGGGCGGGUGGGCGGGGCCCGGGGCCGCCACAGCGCUUGCGCACCUCGCCCGCUCUCUAGGGGGCGCUUCUCCCGCGGCCCGCGCAGGACUUGGCUCCCUCGGGGGCCGGGCUACUCGUGCGCAUGCGUCCCGGGCUCGCCGCAGACUGGACGCGAGGGCCUACCUCAGGCCCCACCCGAGCGCUGCCGGCUCCGGCCCGACGGCUUCUUCCCGGGGCGGACGGGCGGCCCCGAAGCUGCGGGGCCUGGAGCCCCGGCGGCCUGAGAGCCCCGGGGUGGGGGCGGGCCAGGGCCGGUGCAGCCCCCCGCCGCGGCCCACACCGGCACGGGGCAGGGCGCGCUUCUGUGUCCUUCCGCGUCCCGCAGGCCCGCCCGUCCCCCGGCCCAGCUGAGGAGCAGAGGGCGCCGGCCGCCCGGAACCCCUGGGCUCCUGCUCCGCAGAGCCGGCGGUCUCGGGGGACCCGGACCCCCCCCCCCCCCCACUGACCACACUGUCCCCAGCGGUGGGGCGAGGUCCUGGCUUUAGAGCCGCCGCAGUCACUGUCUCCGCGGCCCCAGCUCGCGCGGGGAGGGAGAGGCCGAGGUCCGGUUCCGCGGCCGGGGCGGGGGGGGGGGGGGGGGAGAGGCGCUGGGCCCGGCCGCGGCCCUCGGCGGGUCCCGAAGAACAGAGGGAAGCGAAACGCGCGACACCGCGGCCUCGUGCGCCCCACAGAGUCCCGGGACCGUCGCGCUGCCGGGCGGCGCAGGUGGCACUCCUGGGACUGGGUGCGGCUCUCCUGGACGACACGGGGCCCCGAGGACAGCAGUGUGUGCGCGAGCGCGUGCUCUCGGCGGCUCGGCCGCGUCCAUUCCAAGUUAGACGUUUAGCCCGGAUUUUGGCCGAUUGCAGGACUGGGUGGGCAGGAGGACGGCGGUGCUGACUCCGAGCCUGACUGCGGCUGGGCUGGGCCUUCCGGGGCAUUAGCUGGGCUGGUUGCGACGGCCGUGCGGGAGAGGGAGGGAGGGUCCCUGAGGUCCAGGUGGUGGCGGGGGCAGCCCCGGGGUGUCCAGCCCGCCUUCUGUGCGUGUGUGGGUGUUUAUAAAGUCCCCACCGGCAUUGUAAAGUCCACGUCUGUGCGCUGUGGACUCACGAUCACCCACAAAUAAAUCUUUCUGGUGAUGGUCGUGCUGUUCAGUGAUCUCUGUUCCCAUCAGGAGCUCCCGGUUAAGUACACGAAGCUGCUCCGCCGGCACAGCCCGCCCGCUGAACACGACCCCCUGCCAAGGAAUGAGCCUGUGGGACCUGACCCGACAGUCGAGGCCCAGGUCUCCUCUCCCAUCUGCGCUGUGCCCUGGGGGCUGGCUUGUGAGCCCUGCCGGAGGGCAGGGGUGUCAGGGAGGGUGGGGUUUCCUUUCCCCGGUCCCUCCAGGCCAGAGUCUGAGAACAGGCUUCAGCCACUGAUCCCUGUCACUGCCUCUCCUGGGUCCUUCAGCCCUGCGUCGGGCCGGCACUGGUCACACUGGCCAGGCAGGUACAGCGCUCCCUCCCGUGAUUCACCCACACCUUCGCGACUAAGUCCGCAGGCAGUCUCCGGAGCACCAGGCUCCUCGCCUGCCAGAGAGGCACAGGGGAGUGGGACCAAACGGGGGAAUCGCUUUGUGUCCAAAAGGCCUCACGCUUCAUGUCAAACCCGCUGCGGACUCUCUCAGGCCCCUUCGUCGGCCCCCAAGGCCCUCCUGGUGGACGACUGUGUGUGGCUGCCAUGGUUUAGAGCGACGCGGGCGCAUGCACCGUGCUGGGGGCAGGGAGGGGACAGGUCGAGCUAGGUGGGCCCAGCUGCUUCCUCCUGGAGGCUCCGGGGAGAACCUACCCUCUGCCGUUUCCAGUUUCCAGACAGGCCUGCACUCCCGGCGCGUGCCCCCCACAUCACAGCCGGCAGUAUGGCCCCCCAGUCCCUCUUCUAAGGACCCCAAAGUGACAUUGGGCCCCCCAGAGAGCCCGGGGUCAUCGCUUCAACUCAAGACCCUUAGCUUAAUCACACCUGGAACGUCCCCUUGCCAAGUAAGUUAACAUCCACAGGUUCGGGCCCAUCCUUGGCGGGAACCAGGUCAGCCCUCCACGUCCUAUGAAAGAGAUAGGGGCGAGGUUACCUGGGUCUUCACCCAGUCACCCGUCUCUCUGAGGCUCUGCACGGAAGGUCUAGCAUAAGACCGCUCACAGCUGGGAAAUCUCAGCCAUCGAGAGGAUUCCUGGUUCUGGCUACCCCUGGGGGGUGGGAAGACUGGCCUCAAGUCCAGGCCUCACCCUGGAGCUUUCCAGACCGGGUUCCUGGAGAAGAGCCUAGGCCCCACCCUUGAGCUACAGUAGUAUGAAAGGGGUGCCAUCCCGGGCUGGCAGGUGAGACAGAAAAAGGGACAAGGCAGGGAGAGGGAAAGAAGAUGCAUGGGGGGUGUGGCCCGGCGGCCUGCUGGGCUUCCAAGUCUCCCAUCUCUGCCAUCUCCAACCGGUCAAAGUCCACCUCCCAGGGGGGCGGACACCCUGGGCUCUGGAGGCGCGGGUCCCACGGGUUUGGACGUCGCUGCCAGAGCUGCCACAGCAGAGGCCAGGGUGGGUCAGGAUGGACAGGAGGGAGGCCCGGGGCCUGCAGAGGUGAACAGGAUACGGUACAGUGACAGGAAGCCCUGAACCAGGUGAGGGUCCCCCUCCUCCAUCUUCUGGUCACUUGUCAACCACCUCCCAGGUGUCAACCACUGUCGACUGCUCGUGGUCACUGUGCAGUGGGAGCGCCAGCUGCAAGGACGUGUGCCUUUGUAGUCCCGAGAGGUCACCAGUCCCCACACAGGG